GCAGCUCGGAACAGCCGAGGAGACAGACUUGGAGCGACGUUUCGUCGCGGUGGGGGAAGAGAUGCGGUCCCUUCUCUCCACGCUGACUGUCUUAUGUAUCCAGAUGUUGCUGGUGAUGUGCAAUCCUUUGCAGCAGGUGUUUGGGGUCGAUGGGGUAAAUUUCAGCGUGCAUGUGGAGAACCAGACUGGGGUGCGAGACAACGUGAGCCGCCGGCAACACCGAGUCUACCAGCUCUACAGCAGGACCAGCGGAAAACACGUCCAAGUGCUGGGCCGCAGGAUCAGUGCCCGCGGAGAGGACGGAGACAAAUAUGCCCAGCUCGUAGUGGAGGCGGACACCUUUGGCAGCCAGGUGCGAAUCCGGGGGAAAGAGACCAACUACUACCUGUGCAUGAACCGCAGGGGCAAGCUGGUGGGCAAGAAGGCCAGUAACCGCAGCUCAGACUGCGUCUUUGUGGAGAAGGUCCUGGAGAACAACUACACGGCACUGAUGUCGGCCAAAUACAGCGGCUGGUACGUGGGCUUCACCAAGAGGGGGCGCCCUCGGCGCGGCCCGCACACGCUACCCAACCAGCAGGAUGUGCACUUCAUGAAGCGCUUCCCACCGGGGGAGCAGCCCGACGUGACGCCCUUCCGCUUCACCACGAUCAGCAAGCGGAGCAAACGAGUUCGAGCCGCUCGUCCGCGCUAGCCUUUGCUAACGCUCUCUCUCCCCAUCUCCUGUAAAAGGCCACUAAAUGUCCUGUUUUUUGGGACCAAGCUAAUGUUACCCCGGGACUUGCUAACCAGACUGACAGUCCCUCUCCUUUGCAGCCUUGUAAAAUGACUGGAUUGUUUAAGGAAGACAUGCUAACGCGGCCAAAGCUAAGUUUAUGCCAACUAGCCUAGCAUGGGUUAAUCCUGUUUAAUGCUAAACUGUGCUAAAAUAAAAGAGGACAUGUCUGACUCUGACAAAGGACUGACUUUGACUAGCAGCUGUCUGACUGCAGGACUGCCAGACAUCAUCUCAUCAAUCCUUCCAGUAAGGUCGGCACUGACACACCUGCCCUUUCCUUCGGUCUGGUCUUGGGUAUUGAACCAGACAGACCACACAACGACAGGCUCCCGACACAUAUGGAGAAGCCUAGAGACUAGCCGACAGAUGGUGACCCAGAACUGGUGGGUGGAGUUGGGCCGCCGCCGACCAUCCUGUCCUGUGUUUGGAACCAGGUUUCUCCAAGGAACUAUCGCAGAGCAGACCAGCUUUUGGGCUGGACUCUUGACCGGAUCAGAAUAGGUAAACUCAGAUCAUUCCCAGGCCCCUGGGAGACAUUGUCCAGGAUCUUCAGGACAAGGCAACCAAAAUAAAGGACUGCAUCCCAACUUGGGGAGUAGAUAGAUUCCCCUGUUACAGGACCCAGACAUCCAAAUAUAUAAUGUUAAUGUGUGUGUGUGUGUGUGUGUGUGUGUGUGUGUGUGUGUCUGACUAGUGGAAGAGGAACCCAAAGGGAAGGACCGGUAAUUGUUUGGUGGCAGAUGUUUUGACUUGCGGACUUUGUCUUGUUCCAUUCCCCUCUGUGCUUUGAGAAGUGAACUCAUAUGUGAUGUUCAUGUGUAAGUGAGCGAGUUGAGUGAACGAGUGCCCAUGAGGAAGUGCACCAAAGACCCUAUUUGGACGCUACCACAGGGAGACUUUGAGGACGACUAUUGGUGAUCACUUCGCCACUCUCCUUUGAAGGACAGAACCCUACAAGAACUGGAAUGUACAAAUGAAUGAAAAAAAAAAAAGUAAGCACCCAGAUAUCAGCUGCACCAAAAAAAAAAAUAUCCAAUGACCAAAGACAACUGGAGACCAAUGAUGGACAAGAUAGCCACACCCCCUUUUGAACCCUGCAACCAAUAGAAAGCACUCAAACACAGGGCAAAGGGGGUGGAGGCAUAUUCUCUUUGCAUUUGCAUUGCUAUAGAAAUGACACAGGGAACGAUAUUCCCAGUUUUGAGACAGUAUGACAUGCUGCUACGAGGACAUUAUGGAUUAACCAAAGUCUCAUACACAAAUAUUAAAGGGAACCCAUUAAAAACUAUAUAAAGAUUCUAUAUAUAUAUAAAGAGUAAAGGCUAAAUAAGCAAUAUUAUUAUGAUUGCUACUAUAAUUGUUG